AAAUAGAAUAUCUUGAAGCAUUGGGAUUAAUCAAUUUUCCAGAAAUUGGUGAAAACAGUCAUUCAGAGGUUAAUUCAUUACCAGAAGCCAAAAGAACAUAUCUUGAAACAUUGGAAAUAUUAGCACAUAUCCCUAAAUUUCAUUAA